AGGGAUACCCAGAUGAGGCUAGAGGAAUGGACAGCAGACCAAGGCAGGGUUCGAGGGCAGCCUGCAGCGCCGGGAAGGCGGGGCUCGGGAGGAGGCAAGGCCACUUCGUAGCGGCUGUGGGGCGUGGCCUUCGGAGAGUGGGUCGCUGGUUGGGCGGGCCCGCGGCGUAGCGGGCGGUGUGGAGCCUCUCAGCGCGGCUCCUUUAAGCCGGGCACCGCCCCGCCACUGCCUGGGUCUUGCUGGCGGCGGGGCAGUGGCCGCGCGAUCUGCGAUGGAACUCCACAUCCUAGAGCACCGGGUGCGGGUACUGAGCCUCGCCCGCCCGGGCCUCUGGCUCUACACCCACCCUCUCAUCAAGCUGCUCUUCCUGCCCCAUCGCAGCCGGUGCAAGUUCUUCAGCCUGACGGAGACCCCGGAAGAUUACACAAUCAUGGUGGAUGAGGAGGGCUUUAAAGAGCUACCCCCAUCCGAGUUCCUGCAAGUGGCCGAGGCCACAUGGCUGGUGAUGAACGUAUCCUCUCACAGCGGGGCGGUGAUGCAGGCUGCUGGCGUUACCAAGAUUGCCCGGUCUGUCAUUGCCCCCCUGGCCGAGCACCACGUGUCUGUAUUGAUGCUGUCCACGUACCAGACAGACUUCAUCCUGGUUCGGGAGCAGGACCUGUCUGUAGUGAUCCACACACUGGCCCAGGAGUUCCAAAUCUACCGGGAAGUAGGUGGGGAGCCUGUUCCGGUUGCCAAGGAUGAUUCGAGCAACGGCUUUCCCCGAGCCCAGCACGGGCCCAGCCCCACAGUGCAUCCCAUUCAGAGCCCGCAGAACCGAUUUUGUGUCCUCACACUGGACCCUGAGACAUUGCCGGCUAUUGCCACCACCCUCAUCGAUGUCCUCUUCUACUCACACAGUGUCCCUAGGGAGGCAGCCUCAAGUGGUCCGGAGUCAAGCUCCAUCCCGUUCUUCGCUUUCUCCCUCAUUGAGGGUUACAUCUCCAUUGUUAUGGAUGCGGAGACCCAGAAAAAGUUCCCCAGUGACCUCCUGCUGACCAGUUCCUCUGGAGAGCUGUGGAGGAUGGUGCGCAUCGGGGGACAGCCCCUGGGUUUUGAUGAAUGUGGGAUUGUGGCCCAGAUCGCGGGUCCCCUCGCGGCUGCGGACAUCUCUGCUUAUUACAUCAGCACCUUCAACUUUGACCACGCCCUGGUUCCUGAAGAUGGGAUUGGCAGUGUCAUCGGUGUGCUCCAGCAAAGGCGAGACGGGCAGACUUCCACGGAUCCAUAGGAACACAAGGCUCCCAGAAUUCCCUUACCACGGGGCUCUCAGAGACUUUUCUGAGCUCUUUCCUAAAGCUGCAGAAUGAGCCUCUGAUCCCACCAAGGGACCCUGGUUCUGCUGUCUGUAUGUAAGCUGCAUGGAGCUGACCGUCGUGGACAUGUGUGCACCCCUAGGCACUGUGGGCAAUGCUGCCUCCAGGUAUUUGCCCAGAGGGACACCUUGGUGCUUGGGGCUUAGACCCCCAGACCAUCACUUUCUACAUGACCUCAGCGUUUGCACAGUCCCUGCGUGAGGCUCGAGCCAUCCCCGUCUCACCUGCCUGGGUCCUUCUGCCCUGAGCUGGACUCUGAUCUCCAGCUUCUCCAGCUUGGGUUGCCUUCCUGGCCAGGUGAGCUCCAACAGUGCCUUCCCUUCUUGGGGCUCCCAAGGAAAGGGUUUUUACAUCUCAUUCUUAUUUUUAUGACUGUUUAAAUAAAUAAAAGACUUUCUGAGCUGGGCCUUCAGGUUCUGAGUGACA